UAUGGGAAUCCAUUGGGAAUCACUACAAUAUUAAAGGCGGGAAAAGGUUAAACUUUAAAGUUUUGAUUGUUACAUGACAAUUCACAGUUCAUGACACUGUUAUGAUUUUGACUUUGAAGCUGAAAAAGUGAUCAUUGGUAUUUCUUAAAUAAUUUAACAGUAUUUAACUUACCUUUAGUAUUUUCUUGAAACAGCGUUAUGUUUGAAAGUAAUCAAAUAGAUAUUCUGCUGCCUGAAGAUGAUUACGAUAACCAUUUGAAUCUUAACAACAAGUCAACCCUGCAUCACUAUAAACAUUCUUUACAAAGCUCAAGUAACAUAGCUUCUAAUGUUCUGCUUAACGAUGUAUGGAAAAGCAACCAAGAGAUGUUUAAUGAAAAAGCCGUGGAACACAUCCUUGACUCCGCCAAUUUUCUGCUACAGAAUGCUGACACAAGUCACAUGAAAACUUGGAGGACUGGGGUCCAUAAAUUUGAUGCAGAAUCUUUCAUCCAACACACAAUCCCAUCUUGUGAUAAAUGUAACACUGGCUCCCAUGUUGGUUUCAAUGAAUUCCAAAGAAGCAAAUGCAUGUGCAAUCUGGGAAUAAAUGAAUCCACAGACAAAGAUAAAGCCAGCAAAGAGAUCUCAGAAACUAAAGGGAAUUCAUUUUUCGUGAAGAAUAUCAAUAAUUGUGAAAAUUCAAGCCAGGAAUCAAAAUCUGGUGAUGAGCAAAGACUCUUUAAACCAAAAUUUGGUAGAGUUAAAAAUGUCAUAGAUAAUAUAAGACUUAAAAAUGUUAAUCCAAGUCCUAAAACUCAAAUACCUGAACUAGUGGAUUUUGAUAAAGAAGAAGAAGAGAACAAAGCUCAUAAGAGCAAUGUGGCAAAGUUAACAUUCAAGACAGCCAAGGAACAGCUGUUGGCUUCAAAUCCUGCUGCUAAGCGGACCUUGGGAACUUCCAGGAAGGCUCAAGCCAAGUUUGUGUCACCAAUGAUUGGUGCCCAAGAUAAACAGGAGAAUUCUGAACCGGAGAUAACAGACGAGCGACUCAAACACAUUGAUCCUAAAAUGAUAGAACUGAUUGAAAGUGAGAUAAUUGAUAAAGGAACACCAAUCAGUUGGGAAGACAUAGCAGGACUUCAGCUGGCUAAGUCAGUGAUACAGGAGGCUGUAGUGUGGCCACUUCUCCGGCCGGACAUAUUUACGGGACUCAGGAGACCUCCUAAAGGAAUCCUCUUGUUUGGACCUCCUGGUACUGGGAAGACAUUGAUAGGAAGGUGUGUUGCAGCUCAGUGUCAGGCCACGUUUUUCAGCAUCUCCGCUUCAUCACUGACAUCCAAGUGGAUUGGAGAUGGAGAGAAGAUGGUGCGCGCCCUCUUUGCUGUCGCCCGCUGCCACCAGCCUGCAGUGAUAUUCAUAGAUGAGAUAGACUCGCUGCUCACCCAGCGCAGUGACUCCGAGCACGAGGCUACGCGUCGGAUCAAAACGGAAUUCUUGGUCCAGUUCGAUGGUGCUGCCACCGCUGAAGAAGACAGGCUAUUAAUAGUAGGUGCAACCAAUCGACCUCAAGAGCUGGAUGAAGCGGCGCGCAGGCGUCUCGUGAAACGGCUAUACAUACCUCUACCGGAUGCUGCCGCACGCAAGCAAAUAAUAAGUAACCUCUUGAAGAACGAAAACAACGACUUGACAUCCCAGCAUGUGUGCGAGGUGGCGAGCCUGACGGAGGGCUACUCGGGCGCGGACAUGAAGUCGCUGUGCUCGGAGGCCGCCAUGGGGCCCAUCCGCUCCGUGCCACUUUCACAGAUCGUCAGCAUCGACCCGGAUAAGGUGCGGCCCGUUAAUCUACAAGAUUUUGUAAAUGCCUUGCAAAGAGUAAGGCCCAGCGUUUCACAAGAUGAUCUUGGACAGUAUGUUAAAUGGAACAAGACAUAUGGACAAGGAUUUUAAUAAACUUAUGAUAUUUAUUAAGCA